GCCAUCUUGCUGGUUUGCGGCCGGUCUCGGAUGUGGCGGCGGCGGUGGUGAAGGCGUGGGGAAGGGUGGGGUGAGGGGGCGAGGCCGCGGCGCGGGCGGCUAAACUCUCCUCCCCUUAGCCCCACCGCGUGGGACGGCGUGAACGCGGUAUCGGAGGGAUGUCAGCCUUCUCUGAGGCGGCGCUGGAGAAGAAGCUGUCGGAGUUGAGCAACUCGCAGCAGAGCGUGCAGACCUUGUCCCUGUGGCUCAUCCACCACCGCAAGCACUCGCGGCCCAUCGUCACCGUGUGGGAGCGGGAGCUGCGUAAAGCCAAACCAAACAGGAAGCUUACUUUUCUCUACCUAGCCAAUGAUGUCAUUCAGAACAGCAAAAGGAAGGGACCGGAGUUUACAAAAGAUUUUGCACCAGUUAUAGUGGAGGCUUUUAAACAUGUUUCAAGUGAAACUGAUGAAAGUUGUAAGAAGCACCUUGGAAGGGUAUUAUCUAUUUGGGAAGAAAGGUCUGUUUAUGAGAAUGAUGUAUUAGAACAACUUAAGCAAGCUCUGUAUGGUGAUAAGAAGCCUAGGAAGCGAACUUAUGAACAGAUAAAAGUGGGGGAUGAAAAUGAAAACUGUUCCUCUUUGGGAUCUCCAAGUGAACCACCACAGACUCUAGAUCUUGUUAGAGCAUUACAAGAUCUAGAGAAUGCAGCCUCAGGUGAUGCAGCAGUUCAUCAGAGGAUAGCAUCUUUGCCUGUUGAAGUCCAAGAAGUAUCCCUACUAGAUAAGAUAACAGAUAAAGAAUCUGGAGAAAGGCUUUCUAAAAUGGUAGAGGAUGCUUGUAUGUUGCUGGCAGAUUACAAUGGCAGAUUGGCGGCUGAAAUAGAUGAUAGGAAGCAACUCACUCGAAUGUUAGCAGAUUUUCUUCGUUGUCAAAAGGAAGCCCUUGCAGAGAAAGAGCAUAAAUUGGAAGUGGCAUCGCUGAAGUUGAAACUGAGAGGUCAAGAUUUAUAGUUACCAUAUAUAUAAGCUGUGAUACCAUCAGAUAGUUUUCAGUUAUCUGCAUCUUUGAACAUCAACUGUCAUUGACCAGGUAUUGAUAAGUCGUUUUUUGUUUUUCUUUAAAUCGAACAUAAGUUCAAAGUAUUCAUUCAGGGAUUGUCUAUUUCACAUUUUUUAAGGAGGUUGCUAUUUAAAGCAUUUGUAAUGAAUGAAAACAUGAAAUUAUUUUGGAAAUUAUGAAUCAUUUUUGGAACUUGUUACUAACUUUAGCUGGUUAUUAAGCAGAUAACUGUUAGACUAUUAAUCUAAUUUAUAUUUAUAAAAUGCAUGUCACAGAUUGCUGUAGAAAAUCAUAUUUCACCAUUCAGAAGUUGACAUUGAAUAAACUCUUGUUCACCUAGUUUAUUAUUUUGGAAGGCAUUCAUGGAUAGGGGACUUAAAGUAACAUUUUGAUUUUGAUACUGUUGGGGAGGGGAAAGUAUAGAGAUCAGCAGUUCUUUCACAUUUAAUAAGAUAAUGUCUUUGAUGCUCUGUUCAGCUGGUAUAAGGAAAUAUGCUUUUAUAAAAUCCCUAUUUUAUGUCAUAGUAUCCAGAUGUGUUUUAAAUUCCUAGAAUUCCAUAGAAAAUUGGAAAUCACAAUUUGAUGGCUCUUAAGUCAAAUUAUAGUUCCAAGUUCUAGAAGUCAGGAUGGGAAAACUGUCGGAGAGGACUGUUUAUCUUUUGCAGUCCUACAUCAGUAUAUUCAGAUUUAGCUCAUUUUUUAAAUUGAUGGCGUAGUAUUCAGUGUAUGAGUGUUAUUUAUUUAUUUAAAUCUGUCCUUCUUCUCAUGGUGUCAGAUUGCAACCACUGAGUUGCUUUUAUUAAUUUUGUGCAUUUUGGUAGUGCAGCAGAGAACAUCCUGGUGAGGCAGGCUUGUAUAGUUGUGCAAGUAUAUCUGCAGGAUUGACUACUUUUCUAUUUGGUUCUAAGUUUGCUUGUUAAUGUUUGUCUUUUCUUUUAUAGAUUCUGGGCUUUCUGGAUAUAGUUAAGAUGGUGUUCUCAAUUCAUAACCUUAAAAACACUAUGCUAUUUUUCUAAUAAUUUUUUCCUAAUAAUUUUAUCCAUUAGGAUUUUUUAAUUUAUGGUGUGACAUAGGGAUCUAAUUGAAAGUGAUAGUAAAUGUCCUUUGUCAUGUAUUAAUGAUUAAUGAGUUAAUGACUCAGUCUGUCUUUUAUUAUGUUGUGAAAUGCCGUUUCUGUUAUACUUAAUUCCUAUAUAUGUAUGCAUGGGAAUGUAGUCUUUUUUAUUCUAGUGGUCUAUUUGUCUUACCCACCUUUAAUUGUGCAGUAGAUUUUUGUUCGUAUUAUUUUUGGCAUUGUUCAUGUCUGCAAUUUUAACUAAUAAUGAUUGUUGUGUAUAUGAAUUUUUACUUCCUUUCCACUUACUUUAUAUAUAUUUGCUUUCAUACUUAAUAUUUCAAAUGACAUUUUCCUAAGUAGUUAUUUCUUACUUUACUUGGCCUUCUCCCUGUUUCUGAACACAUUGUUUACUUUUGUUGUCCAUCCCCUCUGUCUGCUAGACAGCAUUAUCCAGGAUUUUCAAGACUGUUACACUUCCGUAAAACUUCUUUUUCCAGAAAGUUCAAUUUUCAUUUCUUAAAUGCUUAAGAUAAAUUUUGUUUUGCCUGAGACAUUUAAUGAUUAGAAAUUCCAAAUGUCUGCUCUCACACUAUAGGAAAUAAGAAUGUUUUAAAUAGCACUGAAAGUGCAGAUUUAAAAAUCCUCCUGAAGGUGUUACCUGCACAUAGCUUUUUGAUGGUUAUUUAUCAAAUUUCAAAUUUUAUUAAGGGUAUAGUGGUAAGGAUAUGGAGAACUGAUUAUGGAAUCUUUCAUCUGUAGUUCAGUUAUUUCUUACGUUUUACUUUUUUUCACCGAAUCAUUGAUUUAAAUUUAGAAGUAAUUUAAUAAGAUGGAGUUACAUGGGUUUUUUUUUUUUAAAGCAGGCAUUACUAAUUUCUUAAUGGUUUCUUAUUUUUUGAGAUCUAAAUAUCAUUAAGUGUAAAAUUUUUAUGGUUAAUUUACUUUUCAAGAAUCAUAAUAUUAAUAUUUUUUAUUAUGCAGUUAAUCUAUGUUCAUCAUAGGAAAAAAGCUCCGUUUUUUGUUUUUUUUUUAAGAUUUUAUUUAUUUGACAGACCGUGAGAGAGGGAGCACAAGCAGUGGGGGAGUGGGAGAGGGAGAAGCAGGCCUCUCACUGAGCAGGGAGCCGGUUGUGGGGCUUGAUCCCAGGACCCUGGGAUCAUGACCCAAGCCGAAGGCAGACGCUUAACAACUGAACCACCCAGGCGCCCCAGGAAAAAAGCUCCCUGAGCAAAAGGCUUAGCCCUGUGUUUUGGCUCCAUGUAUUUUGCAUACUGUUCUUUUCAUGUAAUAUAUGUACAACUUACAUCACUGUUUUCCAUUUAGUGAAUGGCUAUAUCAUAAUUUAACAACUCUGUGUUCUUUGACUAAGUGUUUCAGUUGCUUUGAUAUUAUUGUAAACAGUAUUGCAGUGAACAUCUCUUCUAGUAUACUCUUGACUCAUCUAUGUCUUCUUGUUUCAUGUAUGUGAUAAAUUCCUAAAGAUGAAAUUGUUGAUUCAUGUUAAGGACUUGAUACAUGUUAUCAGUCUAACUUUCAGUAAGAUUGUACUAGAUCAUUGUCUUUGAUGAUUCCCAAAUAUUAUUUAUAGGUCUUCUCUUCUGGGCUAUUAAUUUUCUCCAAAAAAAAAAAAAAUGCAUCGCAUUUGCUGGGUAGAUAACAUAGGCCAUCUGUUUUCAGAAUAGUGCCUUACUUUUGUCUAUGAUUUGGAUCUUCAAAUGCAAAUCUUUGGCUUGGUUUCUCACUCCUGUCUUUUGGCUCUAUAUGAUAAGAGUUUUAACAGACUGAUGUAGAGAUUCUCAGUUGAUCUUAAUUGUCAACAUUUCAAGGAGCUUGGUACCUCAAAGUCCUGACCCCUCCAAAGUUGCUCAGAAUGAAUUAUAUCACUUUCGGUCGUUAUUCCUUGUUCCACUUUUUCCAUCUUCCAAAAGUUUCUUGACAGCUGUGUAGUAUGAGUCCCUUUUCUCCAUUUCUUUCAGUUUCCACCUUUAUAAAUUGUUUUACUAUUUUAGUGGCUUUUUGGGAGGGAGUGGAGAAAAAUAUGAGUUCAGUUUAUUAUAAAAAUGGAAGACCAUUGUGUCUUGUAAAAUAGAACUAUAGUAUAUGUGUUUUGUAACUUCUGCUAACUACCCUUGUCUAAGUGGUUGUCAUACAUUGCCUAGAUUGUUAACAACUCAUCUUCCUGUUCUCUUAAUGCCCUACGCAACUGCAGCCUGGUUUAUCUUUUAAGAAGUCAGGGCUCAUCAUACCCCUGUUUAAAACUGCACUGCUUCCCUUUACACUUAGAUCUUAUUUAAAACUCCAUGGUAGCACUAGUCAUGAGUCUCCAUUUAACCUCAUCUUGAACCAUUUCAACAGUAUCCAUUUUACUCUUAAAGCAGGUGAAGCAUUUCUCACAUCAGAUCAGGGUUUCUGCCUUGCUAAUCGCUAACAGAGUAGCUGGAUGCUCUCUCCACCAGAUCUUUACUUAGCUGGUGCCUUUUUUCAUUUAGAUUUAUGUUCCUGUGUUACCUCUUCAGCGUCCUUCACUGCCCUUUCAUUUGGUUCCACCUGCCCUUUUCCCACCCACUGUAUUACACUGUCGUUUUCUUUUUGGCUUUUUAUUUAUUUUUCCUUCACAGUACGUAUCACUCUUUGAAGAUUUAAAAUAUUGUAUAUGUACUUAGUUAUCAUCUGUACCUGCCAUUAGAAAGAAUGUGAGCUCCGUGAGAGGAAGAACUUUGUUUUUUCAUGUUUAUUGCCAUAUCCUAAGCACAUGGAGUAGUACUUUUCUCCUGGUGUUUUUGUUGAAUGAAUAAAUGAUUCAAAUGAUGAAUGAGUGAAUACCAGUACAAAUGUAAUUUGUGAGAAGUAUAUAAAUAUUUAUAUUUUAAAUUGGUGAUUUAUUUUGUAAUUAAAUCAGAAAAAGAAUGUUGCCUUUAAAAAUGAUUAAUGAGGUUUUUGAGGAAAAUUAUAUCAAGCACAGUAGGUGAACUAAUUUUUAAGUCAUAUUCGUCUAGUCCAAUACCUUAAAAGGUGGGCCUUGUGUUCAAGAACUGCAGCUGAGCAUUUGAAACAAAGGAAUAAGUGGCCAUUUAAAAAUAAAAUUAUUUUACCAGUUUGCCCUGUUUUUCCUUCAGUAGAAUAACAUGUUAACAAUAUGUUAGAAAACAUGAGUAACAAAUGAGCAGUACUCAUCAGUGAAGAAGCACUGAAUAUAUGAGUCACAGUGCUACCUGGUGGAAGAACUGGAGCCACAAAUGAUAUCGGUCUUUAAGCCAGUGUUCUUUCUUUUUACAUAAAAAGAAAGGAAUUUAAUCUGUAAUUGCCUUUUGCUUGCUCACUCAUUUAAAGAAUAUAGCUGAUAAUAGUAAUACCCUUCAAGAGGGGCAUUGUGAUUAAAGAAUUUAUGCUUACAAAGCAGUUAGCACUCUUGCUGAAGCCAAGUAAGUGCUCAGUAACUGAUAACUUCUACUACUGUUCCUGUAGCAGCUGAGAAUUACUAGAAGUGAGGUGAGAUUGGAAAGUAGUUAGAACCAAAUUGUGGAGAGCACUGAAGGUCAGGUGGAGCUGAUGGUUGUAGCAGUCCAAAGGUUGGAGAGGAAUGGUGGCAUUGGUAGUGUUUGCAAGCCUGGUUGAAGUUAACCGAGUGGAUUACAAUGGGGGAGAAUAUAAGAAGACCAGAUAGGAUUUAAUUAGAAAAUUUUUAUUAUGGAUAAUGAAGGCCUGAACCAUAGUUGAUGAUAGCAGUGAGAAAGGAAUGGGCAGGUAUGGGAAACCAUUGAAUCAUAAGAAUUUUAUCAAUUGGGUCUGAGGGUAGAGAGGUAGAAGGAAUCCAUGAUAAAUGAAAUUUUGAAAACCAUGGGGCAAAUGAUUCUGACAUUGGCUAAAAGGAUAUUAAAUAGGGAACUGGUGGGGUGCCUGGGUGGCUCAGUCCUUAAGCGUCUGCCUUCGGCUCAGGUCAUGAUCCCAGGGUCCUGGCAUCCAGCCCCGCAUUGGGCUCCCUGCUCGGUGGGAAGCCUGCUUCUCCCUCUCCCUCUGCCGCUCCCCCUGCUUGUGUUCCCUCUCUCGCUGUGUCUCUCUCUGUCAAAUAAAUAAAUAAAACCCUUAAAAAUAAUUAAAAAAUAGAGAACUAGUUUUGGUGGGGAGGAUUUUGGUUUUAGGUAGAUCAAAUUAAACUUUUUCAUUUUUAUUUUUUGUGCAGUGAAGCCUAUUAUCUUUUCCCAGGUUUAUUGAGAUAACUGACAUAUAAUGAGUGAACUAUUUUAAAAUUCUUUUUUUUUUUUUUGCUUUCUUAAAAAAUUGAAUAGUUGGCACUAAAGUUUUUCUAACUGUAAAAGUAGUAAGUGAUCUUCAUAGUUUAGAAACCCUUCAUAAGAACACACAGAUACCAUCUUUAGUCUCAUUACCCCUUAAAUGCAAUUGACAAGAUUUGGAAGAUGGAAUCAUAUAGUGCAUGCUAUUUUACAUACUGUCUUUUUUACACAUUUAUAGUAAACAUUUUCUCAUUAUCUAAAAUGAAGUAUUUCUUUAGCCAGCUGCCUAUUGUUUAGCAGUUUUUUUUUCCAGUUUCUUGCUAUUGAAAAAACACUGUUUUGAAUCACCUUUUAGCUAAAUCUUUGCUUAUCUGUGAUAAUUUUUUUCAUAAAUUCCUAGAUGUAGGGGGGAAAAUAAAGGAAUGAAGUGAAGUGAAGUGAUUUUCAUGCUCAGUCUGCUACAAUUUAAGAAACCAAAUGAUACCCUGUCUGGUGACAAGAGGAGGUGGAAGUGGAGAUGCCUCUGUUGGAUUUUACUGAUGUAAAUCCAUAUGACACAAUCUGCGUGAAGACAGUUGGUAAUAAAAUCAGAACCCCUGAUUUUACAUAAUUAUUUUUUCUGCUUUUAUCCUUUUACCAGGUCAUUUAAAUUGCAUAAUGCUCUAAAAGUAGCUGGUUAGUAGGGGAAAUUCUGGGAGCCAUUAAAGUGAUGGCAUAGUUCUUGCUUUUAUAUUUUAAAAUAUUGUAAAAAACACAUUACCUAAAAUUGACCAUCUUAAGCAUUUUUAAAUGGACAUUUCAGUACUGUUAAAUACAUUCUCAUUGCUGUGCAACCUAUCUCCAGAACGCUUUCAUCAUUAAUGGGUACAGACUUUCAAUCGAAAGUCUGUGCCCAUUAAACAACUCCCCAUUCCCCACUGUCCCAACCCUGACACCCACCAUUCUUUCUGUCCCUGAAUUUGACUAGGUAUCUAAUAUAAGUGGAAUCAUACACUAUUUGUCUUUUUGUUACUGGCUUGCUUCAGUCAGCGUCAUGUACUCUUAAGUUUUAUUAGUGUUGUAGCAUGUACCAGAAUUUCCUUUUUAAGGCUGAAUAAUAUUCCGUGGUGUGUGUGUGUGUGUGUGUGUAUACCACAUUGUUUUCCAAUGCAUCUGUUGAUGGGCACUUGGGUUGCUUCCACAUUUUGGUUGUUGUGAAUAAUGUUGCUAUGAGCAUGGGUUCUUAGCAGAUAACCCUUUUGAGUCCUUGCUUUCAAGUCUUUGGGGUUUAUACCCAGAAGUGGGAUUGCUGGAUCAUAUGGCAAUCCUAGUUUCAAUGUUCUGAGAAACUGCUGUACCAUAGCAGACCAUCCAUAACAGCUGCACCAUUUUAUGUUCUUACCAACAAUGCACUGACUUCUAAUUUCUUCACUUCCUCAACAACACUUGUUGUUUCUGUUUUUGUUGAUAGUAGCCAUCCUAAUUGAUUGGCUGUUUGUUUAUCAUCUUGAAGAAAUGUCUGUUCAUGUCCUUUGUCCAUUUUAAUUAGGCUGUUUGUUUUGUUGUUGUUAUAAAGGGAUGAUAUAUAUAUAUAUAUAUAGUCUAAGGUUGAUGAUAACUUGUUACCAGAAAGAGUUUUGGAGAUCAUGUAAUCCACCAGUGCUGGAUUGUGCUAGAUGUUAUUCUAGAACAUCUCCCCCAAAAUAGCCUCUGCUUGAAUGUUUCUGAUGUAAAGGGAGCACACUGUUUUGAGAGCAGUCUUCCAUUUUCUGGAAAAUUGCUAGAAACAUGUACUUCUUAUUUUAAAAUUUUCACAAAAGUAUUUACUCAAACAUAUAUAUUUAUGUGUGUGUGUAUCCACACACACAGAUUAUACAUUGGGGAAAAUGGAAAGUAUCAGAAAUCUAGAAUGGAAGAUAAAAACCAGAAUCUACUAUUGAUAUUCAAAAAAUGCACAGUUUGAAAUAAGAGCCCCUUAGUUUUCCCCUGUCUUUCCUCCUUAUAGACCAGUUUUGUUUAUAAGAUCUUAGACCCUUUAUUGAUGUGUAAAGAAUCAUUUUUCUUAUUUUUUUAUUGUGUUAUUACCAUUUUUCAUGUAUUGUUUGUCAUUAAAAAUUUUAAAUGGAUAGCUAUUUCAGUCAACUAUGUCAAAAUAAAGGACAAGUAUAGCAGUCAUGAAGAGUGACAAAAAUAGUGCAAGUCCUUGCAUGUCUGAGAAUGGCUUUCCUUUCUGCUCACCCAUGAAUGACUGCUUGGCUGAAUAUAGAAUUCUUGGGUCAUGUCUUUUCUUUUUCUCUUUGUCUUAGUUACUGUAUUUUUCCUUUCUCUUGCACAUUUAACACUUUGCCUAACAUACGUAGGAUAUUGGUCUUUUGUUAAUUUUGCUUGAUAUUUGGUGUUCCCUUUUAUUGCGAAGAUCUAAGUUGCCUUUUUUUUUUCCGUUUCUCCUUAAAUUCCUGUUAUGUUGAAUCUUCUGUAUCUUCAUGAUGCUUAUCUUUUCUCAUUAUUUUUCCUCAUUUUUGUAAUUUUCCUUUAAUAUUUUCCUUGAGUUUUUUGUUGUUGCUGUUGUCUUUGUUGUAUUUGCCCUUACAGUGUGCUUAUCUGAUGUUGGAAGUUGAGAUUGUUUUCUUGCGUGUUUAUGGGGUUCUGUUGAAAAAAGGGAUUUAUUAUAGCUUUUAGUGGGGCACUUCACAGAUUCUACAAUUCUGGGGCAAGUCAAAAGGAAAUCAGAGUCACAGGAGAUGAUAGUGCCAAAGUUGUGUGAGUUUGCCACGUUUGCCCACACCUGACUGGCACCUUGCCUCUGUUUUGCAAGCACACCCGCCACACCAUCCGGUACCAGUGUGGUCAUUGUGGUUCCUGAAUCUUCAUGUGGUUGGGAGUCCCGGCAGGCACAGGUCGCCUUGUGAAAGUGACCCACAGGAGAAUCAGCAGUAAAAAUGUCCAUAACUACUAGAAUAGUCAUGCCUCCAAGAGCUUGAUGCCAAGAGUGUUUGGACCUAUUUAACGUAAAUGUAAAAUACUGUUUAAGUAGUAAUUUUUAUAAAGCUUAAUGUGGGGUUUUUUUUGUUGGUUAUUUUAUUUAUUGCAGCAAUGCGUGCUUAAAGCAUUUACUCCCCCUGCUUUUCGGUAACUUCCUAAUCCAUGGGUUUAGGAAUUUUGCAAUUAAAUAUUUAGAAGUGUAUGUCUGAUGCAAGUAAUGGGCUCUGAGAAAGGAUCUAAGGAUCAUUUCAGUAAACAAAGUAUGUAACUAUAGUAAGAUCUGUAAUGUGUCUAUAUUUUUUAUUUUUUAAAUAAAGAAUAUUUAAGUAAGGUCCAGUAAAUAAAAUUUUUACUAUAGCAUAAAUAGUUUAUGACAUUUCUUUCUGUUGUGUAUAAGCUUUACUUCUAGGCUCUGGAGUGUGCGUGUGUUUUUUUUUUUAUGGAGUGUACAUAUUUUUGACAGUGGAGCAUUGGCAUUUUUUUGAUCGUGUUAAUUUUAGGACUACUUCAAACCUCUUUUAUUUUUUUAAUAUCAGCCAUUCUGGGCGUUGCUCAUCAGAUUCUUACGUACUUAAUUUUUAAAAUAUAUGUAUCUUUAUUAUCUUAUUGAGUCAAUGUUUCAGCCCACAGAUUUUCUUGAAAACUUGACUUUUGUCAUUUAUUUUGGCUCUCUUGGCUUGCUUUCUUUUGCAGAUUUCUUAAGACUAUAUUCUGACUUAUAGAUAAAAUGUUUUUAUGUGUUGAAGAGAUAAGGCCAGAACAUAGGUCUGUCUUUGGUUAGAAAUUUUUCUUAGUUGACUUUGGUCUUAGAUCAGUGAACACUAUGAGAAGCAGUUCAGCUUUGUGAUGAAGAGUGGGAACUCUGGAACUGGAUUAUCUGAGUUUAAAUUCUGUCUUUACCAUUUACUAGCUCAGUGAUACUAGGCAAAACAUUUGACCUCUUUGUACAUCAGUUUCCUUGUCUGUAAAAUAGGAAUAAUAAUUAUACCUGCUUUAUAUGGUUAUUAUGGGAUUUACAUGGAUUGGGUGUUUAACACUGCCCGGUGUAUAUAUAGUAACUACCUCAGAAAGUUCCAGCCCCACACAAGAAAACUUGGAGGUUUUCUGGCUAGCUUAUGUCUGUCUUAGAUCUAUAGUCCUCUCAAAAAAGGAAGUUUUUAUAUUGCUAGUUAUAUUCUUAGCAUCUUAAGGAUUGUGCCUGGAUUCCUAAGUUCUUUUAAACAACAAUAUGUUUAGUCAUUUUUUGAGAUCCUGACUUACCUGUAUCAAGCGUACUUGUCUGUUGUUUAUGGAAUCUACCUCUUUAAAUUAGGUACAGUAUUUGCUCAUGUUCACCCUUUUAGUUCUUCACAAUUUCUUCAAAGUGAUUGUCUCAGAAAUCAAGUUGGUCUAAAGUUCACCCCAGUGUUCUGGAAUGUAAUUGAUUAUGUUGAGAGACUUGGAUUCAAAUAAAGCGUUACAUUAUUUCCUU